AUGAGUGGUGGGCCUCAGAUGCAGCACUUGUCGCCUGCUGAGCAGGCGGCAGUAAUGAAAGAGUUGAAUAACCUACACAUCAAAGAUACCAUGGACACGUAUAACUCUGUGGUGGAGCGCUGUUUCAACGAGUGCAUUACUCAAUUCCGAGCAAAGGAUCUCGACGACACAGAGCAACAGUGUGUGCGGCGCUGCGUGCGGAAGUUCAUGUUGUUCUCGCAGAGAGUGGGGCUUCGGUUUGCGGAGAAGAAUAUGGAAACGAAUGCCAAAUAG